CCAGAUUCCGCGGCCACGUUUGCGACCCAGGCGGAGGCGCGGGGUCUGAAGCCAGAAUCGCUCUCCUGGGCUUCGGUGCGAUCGGCAGUGGGAGGAUCCCUGGGAACCAGGUGGUCCAAGGGCUAAGCUGUGUGGCCAGACAAGAGGUCUCUGCCCUCCCCCAGGGAGCCGUUCUCGUGGAGCCAUGAAGCUGAACGAGAGGAGUGUGGCUCACUAUGCACUCAGCGACUCCCCAGCAGACCAUGUGGGCUUCCUGCGUACCUGGGGGAGCCCAGGGACCCCAGCAACCCCCAGUGGCACUGGCCGAAGAUGCUGGUUUGUCCUCAAGGGCAACCUGCUGUUUUCCUUUGAGAGUCGCAAGGGCCGGGCCCCGCUGAGCCUGGUGGUGUUGGAAGGCUGCACAGUGGAACUGGCCGAGGCUCCCGUGCCCGAGGAGUUUGCCUUUGCCAUCUGCUUUGAUGCCCCCGGAGUGCACCCUCACCUGCUUGCUGCAGAAGGGCCGGCAGCCCAGGAGGCCUGGGUGAAGGCGCUGUCCCGCGCAAGCUUUGGCUAUAUGCGCCUGGUGGUACGAGAGUUGGAGAGCCAGUUGCAGGACGCACGCCAGAGCCUGGCUUUGCAACGUCACUCAUCCUGGAAGCCCGCUGCCAGCCGCUGUAAGCUCCAGGCUCGUAACAACCGGUCUGUGGUCCUGGAGAAUGGCCACUCCUUCUCCAAUGACUGCAGCCCUGUGGGCUUGGUUGAAGAAGCGGGUAGCAGGUCUGCAGGACUGGGGUUGGCUGAGCGGGAGCUACAGGGCCCUGCCAGCCUCCUCCUAGGCAGGGGGCAGAGUCCUGUGUCCCCUGAGACCUCCAAUUUCUCUACCCUGCAUGACUGGUAUGGCCAGGAGAUCAUGAAGCUGCAGCAGCAUUGGCGGCAGAGGGCCCAGGGGAGCCAGCCAGAAUGUGAGGAACAGGAAAAGCCCUAAGGCUGGGCACUGUGAUUCAGGAAACCAGGGCCAGUUCUUUUUCAGGAGUUAAAUGUUUACCCAUUUCCAAGGCUGCAUUUUGGGAGGUGACGUGGGUUCUCUCCUUCCUGCUAUUUAGGCAUUCUCCAGGUUCCAGAUCCACCUGUGUGUCUGGAAGGGACUGAGGGACCAUUCCUGCCAUCCUUUUUUAUUUCCUGAGGCCCGGAGAGGAAAGGGGCUUGAUCAGCUGCCACUGCACCCGGUCCAAACUCCUGACUGCACUGGCCUGACUGCCCCCUCCCAGGGGAUAUUAAUGAAAUGCAGGAAGUGGGCAAUGUCACCUGAGAGUGUCACAGGCUUGCCCUACCUUUGACCUACACGCCGGACUCUAGAGCUGUAAACUCCAACCUGGGGAGUCUCGUGUGCAUUUAAAGCCAAGGUUGGCUGCAGUAUUGGCUUGAGACUCUUGACCUUGUCAGAGAAAGUGGAUUUACCAUGUCAUAGGAGUUUCUGGGACUCAGCUCUUCCCAAGAAGGCUGGGAAGAUUGGGGAUGGCAUCCUCACUCAGCAAUUCGGGUAGGGCCCUUUGAGGCAGCAAGUCUUUGGCCAGUGAAGAGAGAUUUAUUCUGCUAAGAAUUUGGGGCCCCAUCCUUUCUCUCUGGCUGCCCUGUUAACAGAUGGUGCUGGACCUUGCCCCAGGAAGGGCUAUUAGCUUUUGAUGUCAGCAAAAUGCCCUCCUGUACUCUGUCCUCAGCAGCCAACUCCUGGAGCUGCCAAGUGAGGGGUUAAAGAAGAGGUGGGGAGACAGUGUGGUUCUCGGGGAAAGUUGGUUGCUCUGGCUCUCAGUCCUGGGCAUUCUGGAGCUUGGACACGGGAUUCCCAGUUUCCUGUGCUAAAAUCUCUCUCCUGGCUGGGCUCGGGUAAAAGUGUUCUUGCAAGUGAAGCUGCUCAAGAAACCACCUGGGAACUCUCAUAGCCCUGUUUGUCACCUAGCGUGUACUUGCCAGGACCCCUCCUUGCUACUAUUCCCAGCAUCCAGCCUGUUUUUUCUUUUUCUGUUUAUUUUUUGGAGACAGUUUCUUUU